ACCGUAAACAUGACUACCAAGUCCAUGAACAUGAUGAGCAAGGUCAUCUUCUACGAGGACAAGAACUUCCAGGGUCGUUCCUAUGAGUGCAUGAACGACUGCGCUGACAUGUCCUCCUACCUGAGCCGCUGCCACUCCUGCAGGGUGGAGAGGGGCUGCUUCAUGGUCUAUGACCGCUCCAACUACAUGGGAAACCAGUACUUCAUGAGGAGGGGUGAGUACUCCGACUGCAUGGGCAUGAUGGGCAUGAGCGAGUGCAUCAGGUCCUGCCGCAUGAUCCCCAUGUACAGAGGAUCCUACAAGAUGAGGAUCUACGAGAGGGAGAACUUCGACGGCCAGAUGCACGAGGUGAUGGACGACUGCGAGAACGUCAUGGACCGCUACAGCAUGUCCAACUACAUGUCCUGCAACGUGAUGCAGGGCCACUGGCUGAUGUACGAGCAGCCCAACUACAGAGGCAGGAUGAUGUACAUGAGGCCCGGCGAGUACAGGAACUUCAUGAACAUGGGCAUGAGUGGAAUGAGGUUCAUGAGCAUGAAGCGCAUCAUGGAUUCCUGCUACUAG